CCGAGUUAUUUAUGCUGCAGAAACAUCCUCACCUGACUGGAGAGCUUUGAGAGAGAUCUCAAGACAAUAACAGAGAUGACUGCUACACCUUCCUAUCACACCAAUACAACAGGUGAAGAAAUUGGCUCUUCUAAUGACAUCUAUGCUGAUCUGAGAGGGUCUCUCAACAUCAUGUCUGUCGUUAUCUACUCCCUGGAUUUCGUUCUGGGUGUGCUCGGAAAUGGAGUGGUUAUCUGGGUGACUGGGUUCAAGAUGAAGAAAACAGUGAACACAGUUUGGAUCCUCAACCUUGCUGUGGCUGACUUCCUCUUCACAGCUUUCCUUCCUUUUAGUGCGACGUACACAGCUCUGGAUUUCCACUGGCCUUUCGGCAAGUUCAUGUGCAAACUGAACAGCACCAUAAGCUUCCUGAACAUGUUUGCCAGUGUCCACAUUCUGGUAGUGAUCAGCGUGGACAGAUGUGUGUCUGUCGUGUGGCCCGUCUGGGCCCAGAACCACCGAAGUGUACGCAAAGCAUCCUGUGUGAGUCUGGGUGUUUGGGUACUGGCUCUGAUUCUCAGCACUCCAUACUUCAUCUUCAGGGACACUGGGCCAUCAUAUAACAAUGAAGACAUCAUCAACUGCUUCAACAACUUUGCCUUUUCUGAUGACUACGAAACACCGUCUGUGAAUCAGUUGCGACAGUUUCGUCAUCAGGCCAUGACCAUCACCCGUUUCCUCCUGGGUUUUGUUGUCCCCUUCACUGUCAUUGUCUCCUGUUAUGCUGUGAUAAUCCAUCGUCUCAGGAGGAACCGCACCCUGGCCAGCCAUUCAAGUCGCCCCUUUAAGAUCAUCGCUGCCGUUAUCACCACUUUUUUCCUGUGCUGGGCUCCUUAUCACAUCAUGGCUCUAAUCGAGUUGGUGAAUCACAUGGCUAGUCAUGCAAGUGAAAUAUUAGACCAUGUCACCACUAUCGGGGUCCCUAUAGCCACCAGCCUGGCCUUUCUCAACAGUUGUCUGAAUCCACUGCUGUAUGUGUUCAUGGGCCAAGAUUUCAAGGAUAAAGUUCGUAAAUCCAUCCUGAAUGUACUGGAGACUGCUUUCCAGGAGGAGGUUUCUCGUUCAUAUACCUAUACAAACUCAAUGGUCACCAGUCGGAGCAAAGAGAAAUCAGUAUCUGAUGCUGAGGUAUAAGGCUGUCCAUGAUAUCAAUAAAUACUGUAAUUGUACAUAGCAAAUAUAAUUGUAUAUACCAAAUAGCUUUUUUUGUUUUGUUGUUUUUAAUGCAAUGGCCCCUAAGGCAAUCUCUAUAUAUUAUAUAAGUUGUGGAUGAAUUUUUGAUACAUUUGUAGGCCUAAGCAUUUUGAAAUGAUGGAAAGGUAAAAUGUUUUUAAUGCUAUACCAAGUGGCUACAUGUAUCUUAAGAAUGGCGCUUCUUUGACCCACAGCAGUGCCUAGGAUAUUGUUUGUAAUAUGCAGUUUUUUGACACAGGAAACCAGUCAUAAUUUCAAUAUAGUUAUUACAUCAGUUUAUUCAAUUUAAUUCAAUUCAAUUCAAUUCAAUUCAAUUCAAUUUAAUACUUUAUUUCCAUUUCAACAAGUUGAUUGGAAUUUGGUGCAGUGCAGCUCAAAUACAAUACAGUUCAUGCAUACACAUAUAAUUUCUUCCAAACCCAAGAAUGAUAAAAAAAAGUACACAAAUAAAAGGUAAAAGGGAAUAGGAAAAAAGAAAAAAACAGAUUAAAACGGACAGCUGUGUGGUGUGAAUAUAAAGUGCACAGUGCAUAGCAGCUUAACCAUAGUCAUAGGCAUAAAGACAUAAAGUGCACAGUGCAUAGCAGCCUAACCAUAGUCAUAGACAUUAAGACAUAAAGUGCACAGCACAUAGCAGCCUGACCAUAAACAUAGGAUUCCACGGAAUGCAGAAAAAUGCAAGAGCAAAAUAAAGUGCAUAUUACACUUUAAAUGGAGGCCCCUGAAUAGAGGGGGUCACAGGAUCAUUGAGAGUUCAGUAUAUGAAUUUCAGCAGGAUAUGCACUGUUUUUACUGGUUUUGGUACCAAUGGACCACCAUCUUCUCUCUGAUGGGAGUAAGUUAAAAAGACAAUUUGCUGGGUGAGAGGGGUCAGAGGACACUUUGGGGGCCGUGUGUUGGAUACAGGAGUAAAAGAUGGAGGACACUGAGGGGGGAUUGCAGCCAAUUAACCUGGUUGCUGUAUGCACUAUCCUCUCCAACUGUGCUCUGUCCUGUGCCGUUGUAUUCCCAUACCAAACAGUGAGAGAGAAUGUUAAACCGCUCUCCACUGCUGCCUUAUAGAAGAGCCUCAUGGCCCCUUGAGAAACCGUGAACUUCACAUUUCAUGAUUAUAGUGUCCGUAUUAAUUUUUUGAGUUUGAGAUUGUUGUGCCCAAGAAUUUAAAGUUCUCCACCCUUUCAACUACUUGCCCAUUAAUCUCCAGAGGCUUGAGCUUGUUCUCAUUUUUCUGAAAGUCUAUAACCAUCUCUUUGGUUUUACUUAUGUUUAGCUCAAGAUUGUUCUCAGAGCACCAUUUGACAAGGGCCACUCGUGUUCCACUACAUAAAAAGUCCAAUAUCUAGUGACAUAGGCCUUGGUUCACCCCUGUCAUGAGUAACUUGUCAGACAGCUUCCUGGAAAGGAUUGUGUUGAAGGCUGCACUGUAGUCCACAAACAAGACCCGGGCAUAGGUAGCAGGGCCUUCAAGAUUUUGUAGUAUGGAAUGAAGGCAUAGGGAAACAGCAUCAUCUACUGACCAAUUUGCCCUGUAAACAAACUGGUGUGGGUCUAGAUCUACGUUAGAGAGAUUUCUACAGACCAGCCUCUCAAACACCUUCAUUAUGACUGAUAUUAAUGCCUCUGGAAUGUAGUCAUUCAACCACUCACACUGGGUUUCUUAGGAACUGGUACUAUCACCGCAGACAUAAAACAAGAUGGAACUUUGCAGGCUGUGAGAGACCAGUUUAAGAUGUCUGUAAAGACAGGGUCUAAUUGGUAAGAACAGUACUUCAGGGUGGCUGAUGACACCUGGUCCAGCCCAGCAGCUUUCCUACAAUUUUGUUUAUGUAGCAGGGACCUCACCCUAUGCUCCUUGAUAAUGAAGGGUGGGUCAGUAAGAUCUGUAACUGUGGAGAUACUCUGUAGGCUAGCAGAUUUUGAGUCGAACCUGCAGUAAAAUUCAUUCAGUUGGUCUGGGAGGUUGGAAU